CUAUAAACUGUUUAACAGGCUGUUGUUGUGUGUAAAAGAUCUUAUAAGAGAAUUGCGGGAUUGAUUUGAACACAUCUCAGGAGCCAGAGGACAUUGGAUGUGUUUGAGCUCAUCACUGGGGGAUAAGAAACCUUGCUACAGCUGUGAGGCUUCAGUGUCUGGACCAUGUUCUCCUCUGCUGUCCCGUACAAAAACCAGCACUACUCUGACCUGAAGAGGGAUUGCAUCAACAACAAGACGCUGUUUGAGGAUCCAGAGUUCCCAGCCGUCAAUGCAUCACUGUAUUUUAGGAAACCACCUCCUGGUCAUGUGCAGUGGAAACGGCCAAAGGAGAUAAGCAAUGAGCCCCGUAUGUUUGUGGAGGGCAUCAGCUCCCAUGACCUGAACCAGGGAAUUGUGGGAAACUGCUGGUUUGUUGCUGCCUGCUCCUGUCUGGCUUUGAAGCCAAACCUCUGGAAGAAGGUUAUUCCUGACUAUAAGGAGCAGGAGUGGGAUCCCAAACGACCGGAGAACUAUGCCGGAAUCUUCCACUUUCAGUUCUGGGUGUUUGGAGAGUGGAUGGAUGUGGUGGUAGACGACCGGCUGCCUACAAUCAACGGUGAACUCAUCUACUGUCACUCAAAAGACAACAACGAAUUCUGGAGUGCUCUGCUGGAGAAAGCCUACGCCAAGCUCUAUGGCUGCUAUGAGUCCCUGGAGGGGGGAAACACCGGAGACGCUGUGGUGGAUUUCAGUGGAUGUGUGGCUGAAGCCAUCAACCUGGAGAAAGAAGCUUAUUACAAGGACCCGAAAAAACAGGACCAGCUGUUUGAGGAUCUGCUAACGGUUUACGACCGGGGAGGAAUCAUUAGCUGCUCCAUUAGGGCACAGCCUCAUGAGAUUGAACACAAAAUGGCAAACGGACUGGUGAAAGGCCACGCAUACUCAGUAACUGCAGUGAAGAAAGUGCGUUUGGGUCACGGGCUGCUGGCCUAUUUCAAGAAUGAAACUAUUUCUCUGAUCCGCAUGAGGAACCCCUGGGGCAAGAGUGAGUGGAAGGGAGCCUGGAGUGACAGCUCUGAGGAAUGGUCAAAGGUUGGUAAUACGGAGAGGGGCAAACUUGGCAUCGUGGUAGAAGAUGAUGGGGAGUUCUGGAUGUCAUUCACAGACUGGUGCAAGUUCUUUGAAGAUGCAGAUGUUUGCCGUCUUCUCAACACUUCGCUGAUCAGUGUCCAUAAGACGUGGAAUGAGGUUGUGCACUUUGGGAGCUGGACCAAACACGCAGAGCCACUUUUAAGCCGCUGCGGUGGCUGCGCUAACCACAAGUCGACGUUCCUGCAGAACCCACAGUACUUGUUUGAUGUUACAAAGGAGGCUGAUGAAGUUCUGAUCACCUUGCAACAGAAAGACAUGAAGAUCAACAGAAGGUUUGGUCAAGGAGAAAAUCUAAGCAUUGGCUUCUGUGUCUUCAAGGUGGAACUGAACAGGAAGUAUCGGAUGCACGACAUCCUGACCCAACAAUGUGUGGAAACAUCCACCUACAUCAAUGCUCGGACAGUAUUUAUGAGAUGCAUGCUCCAACAGGGCCGCUACAUCAUAAUCCCCACCACCUUUGAGCCUUACAAGCUAGGGGAUUACAUGAUCCGAGUUUUCACCGAUGUGGAAUCAGGCUGCAGGGAGUUGACAGAGGACAAGCCAAAGAUAAAAUGCUGGAGUUCUUUCCUUGGAUACCCUCAAGCUGUGACUCACGUCUACGUCCACGGAGCUGAGGAGCUGCAGAAUCAGGACAAUACAGGAGGUGCAGACCCUUAUGUGAUCAUAAAUUGUGAGGGCCAUUCGGUUCGAUCCACCAUCAAGAAGGACACCCUGCAACCAGAGUUUAUAACCAGCGCCAUUUUCUACAGGAAGAAGCCCAGAAAUCCCAUAACUGUGGAGGUAUGGAACAGCAACACAGUGAAGGAUACGUUCAUGGGCCAAGUGGUCUUGUCCGGGUCAGUGAAGGACUCCUCUGGCCCUCAGAGGCUUCAGCUGUUGAAGCGAGGACAGCGGACACCUGACGAGAUGCCCGGUAAAAUCAGUCUGAGGAUCAUCACUUCUACUGAGCUGACCGCCAUGUGAUCUCGGCAUUGAAUUCAGAGAGGGCUGGAUCUCUUGAUUGCUGAACAAUGUGGUGAACAUCUUACUUGGCAUGUGCCGUCAUCAAAGCCCCGUACCCAUGGUAGUCCCUGGUUGUGUGUGAUAUUACAUUCCUUUAUUAUGUGCACGAUGGUGAAUUGUUUGCAAAGUUGAGAGGUGAGCAGCACCAUUGUACUGACUGAAUGUCAAUUCCCGUUACCCCUAUUACUUUUAAAAUGAUGCCUGUGUAACUUAUAAAACAUUUUUUUGUAAAGUUAUUCUUUUUUAUGUUCCCUAUAGAUACUGUGAUAUGUCAAUAAUUUGUCAUUCAAGUCUUAACGUGUUACAAUUUUUAUAAUUAAUGUAUUUUUCAUUUCUGUAAUUCACAACAUGCUCCUUUUUUCAUCUGUUCAUAUCAUGUUUCAUUUUCAUGACUAUUAAGACAAUGCAAGACACUAAAUGGCAUAAAGAAUUAAAAGAAAUCCAACCUAAGAAUCACAAUAGACUACAAUCAUUAGCACAACUCUGGUUUUCUUCCUGUUUUUAUUUCAGUCCAGUUUCGAAACUGCAACGUUUUUUUUACACUCAAGACACAGCCAUGCACAAUUCAAAGUUCAAAAAGUCUAUUGCUUCAACCACAAAUAAAAAUAGUUUAUCCAAAACCUCA